AUGGACAAAGAAGUGGAAAAGUACGUGAAAUCAUGUCAUGGAUGUCAGAUUACUAGUGCAUAUCCAAAACCGGAGCCAAUCAGUCCAACACCUUUACCGACGGGACCAUGGCAAGAAUUGGCAAUUGACUUACUGGGACCAUUAACAUCAGGACAAUAUGUGUUAGUUGUAGUGGACUACUUCAGCCGUUAUUAUGAAAUUGAAAUUACCAAAGACAUUACAAGUGAGAAAAUCAUUGAUGCUCUAGAGGGAAUGUUUUGUAGACACGGAAUUCCAUAUCAAAUUACAUCUGAUAAAGGACCACAAUUCAAGUCUAAGUUAUUUGAGGAUUAUUUGACAGAUAACUGCAUCAAACACAGAGCAGUUACACCAUUACAUCCGGCUGCAAACGGGGAAGUUGAACGUCAAAACCGGUCAUUGAUAAAAAGGAUUAGAAUUGCACAAGCAGAAUCUAAGGAUUGGAAGAAAGAAAUCCGGAAAUACUUGUUUGCAUAUCGAACAACUCAACACAGUACAACUGUGGUGUCGCCUGCAGAAUUGAUGUUCCGCCGUAAACUGAGGACAAAAUUACCGCAAGUAGAGAAUCUACAAGAAAAUGUGUUUGAUGAAGAAAUGCGAGAUAAGGAUGUGUAUUCAAAGUACAGAAACAAGCUGUAUGUUGAUGAGAAACGUGGUGCAGUCGAUUGCGAUUUAGAGCCUGGAGAUUCAGUCCUUUUGAAAAAAGCAGUCAAAGACAAAAUGGACACUCCGUACCAUGCAGAGCCAUAUACUUUGGUACAGAAAACUUGA